AUGCAUGGGCUAAAUUUGCGUCUCAUGGAAGUUUUGGCCUGCAGAUCUGAGGGAGACGCUUGCAAGUGUAGCCCUCCUGUCUCCACGAUGCUCUUCCACGGGCUCCCGGGAGGCGAGAUGCAGGGGGUCAUCGAUGAGAUGGACCGGAGGGUGAAGGGCGAAUCUACCGCCAUCAGUUCGGCUAUAGACAUGGGGGAAACUGAGACGAGUAUGACGUCCAUCAACAGCGACCGUGUGGCCUUGUGCGCGGGAUGCGGGGGAAAGAUAUCUGACCGCUACUACUUGCUCGCGGUGGACAAACAGUGGCACAUGCGCUGUCUCAAGUGCUGCGAGUGCAAACUAAACCUCGAGUCCGAGCUUACCUGUUUCAGUAAAGACGGCAGCAUCUAUUGCAAAGAAGAUUACUACAGGAGGUUUUCCGUCCAGAGGUGCGCCCGGUGCCAUCUCGGGAUCUCGGCGUCGGAGAUGGUCAUGCGGGCGAGGGAUUUGGUCUACCACUUGAACUGUUUCACCUGUACUAGCUGCAAUAAAAUGCUCACGACUGGAGAUCACUUCGGAAUGCGGGACAGUCUUGUGUACUGCCGGCUCCACUUUGAGACACUCAUACAAGGGGAAUAUCAAGCGCAUUUCAAUCACGCGGGGGAUGUAGCCUCGGGCAAAGGACUUGGCGAGAGCGGCACGGGCAACUCGCUGGGGAUGCAGUAUUACAACGGCGUCGGUACGGGGCAGAAAGGAAGGCCGAGGAAAAGGAAAAGUCCCGGGCCUGGAGCAGAUCUGGCUGCUUACAACGCAGCGUUAAGUUGUAACGAGAACGAUGGAGACCACCUGGACCGAGACUCCCACUACUCCUCCAGCUCCAAGUCCAAGCGUAUGCGCACCUCCUUCAAACACCACCAACUGAGGACCAUGAAGUCCUACUUUGCCAUCAACCACAAUCCGGACGCCAAGGACCUGAAACAGUUGGCCCAGAAGACAGGUCUCACCAAACGGGUGCUGCAGGUUUGGUUCCAAAACGCCAGGGCCAAGUUUAGACGGAACCUACUACGUCAGGAGAGCACAGGGAUGGACAAGGUGUCGGACGGGUCCACUCUACCAGGGGGGUCGCCUUCGGGCCCCCACUCUGAGCUCUCCAACGCCUCAAUGAGUCCUUCCAGCACCCACACCACCCUCACUGACCUGACAAGCCCCUCUAUUCCGUCGGUUAACCCUCUACUGACCGCCGUGCCGGGGGGCAUGGACCCCCACGACUCCAUGAGUAUGAGUCCUUCCCAGACCACCCUUACCAGCCUCUUCUGA